AUGGAGCCCUAUCACCGCGCCCUCGUUGUUGGCAACAUCGCUGGUUUUGACGAGGAGGCUGCUUCUUCGGGGGAACUGCGGUUUAUCUGGUUUGAUGAGUGUGGGCUUGUGGUGCACGAGGCGCGCGUCGAAGUUGAGGACGCCCAGAAGCUGGCUGCAUUCCAGUAUGGUGAUUUUUGA